UCGUUAGAAAAAUUACAUGGUUCUUGGUUGUAUUGGCUAUAGUAAUUGUGGCAUUUACACAUGCAUUUAAAUUGUACCUUGAGGAUCUCUCUACGCCUUCUGGUUCAUCAUACAAUGGAAAUAUUACAACACCAGCAUCUUCCGGUGAUAUAACAUUGCAACAAACACCAGGUGAUAAUGUUUGGAAUAGCUAUGAUUCAUCACUUGCAGCUGUAAUUUAUUUCUUAGCAGGAGAUUUUUCUGCAAUUGAUCCAUGGUCGGGUGAUGUAUAUGUUAAAACUUUAAAAGUUUUAUUCUUUCUAUCAACAACAAUAGUUCUACUGAAUCUUCUUAUUGCUUUGAUGGGUGAUAUAUUUACAAAAGCAAAGGAGAAUGGUAAAAGAGCAUGGCUAGAAUUAAGAGCUGAAUAUUUGGCAGAAAUUGAAUGUUUUCAUAUGAGCACAUAUAAUAAAUCCAUGCAUUCAAGAGGAUUGAUAUAUUAUGAGGCGGAUCCUGAUGAAAUUGAAGAUUGGCAACUUCAAACGAAUUUUAAAAGCAAAAAUAUAUUUAAUAUAAAAAAAUCUAUUACCACCACUAAGAAAAGCAAAAGUAAAAUUAAUAUUAAUGUUAACAAAAAAGAUAAUGAUCAGGGUGGUGAUCAGGGUGGCGAUGGUAAUAAUAGUAUUAGCCUCAAUCGUAAUAGUGCUGCUAGAGAUGAUAUUAAAAUCAUCCAAGGUGAAUUAAAAAAUAUAAAAGAUACAAGGCAUAGGAUACUUUAG